AUGCUUUCAGCCGCACAGUGCGCGUUCGUGUGAACAGUGCUGGUAUUAGCAUGGCAUAGAUUCAUUCCGGGCUCAGCCGUGCAUGGUUUAUGGCUGCUUAUUACCGACGCCUGUACCUGCGCUUUCACCAGCACGCCGUAAGGGACUGCACAGCGCCUGCUCUGAAGCCACUGAGAGGGCUGGAGGGAUCCUAGAAUUCAGGUGGAUGACCGUCGCUCCCUUUGUCAGGAACUGAACAAUGUUCUGUACCUGUGAUCAGUACAAGGACAGAAACAUCUGUGAGGAUGUUUUCAACUUCUGCGGCGGUUCGCCGAUACCAGGGGAGCUGGCCAGCCCCAACAACGAGCCAAACUCGCCGGUGUCCGGACUCACCCAAGCGAAGAACGGGGAGGACGGCCGCGGAAAGAGCUGCGGCGCGCAAAAGACUUCAAAAGAGUCAAUUGGUCCUAAAGGCUCCAAAACCCCGUGUGAGAAAAGGUACCUGGGCGUGCGCGUGAGGAUGCCCGUCAGAGACAUGCUGCGGAGGAUUCGGAUAGCCCGGGGACUCGACCCCAACGACAUCCAGGGACACCAGGGAAAGGCCUCGAGGAUGUCAGGAGAGAAAAAGCGAGUAACGUCAAGUGGAGACCGAAGAAAGAGGCCGAAUAAACAGCAUGCCAGCCUGGAGGACCUGGCCAUAAUCGUGGAGGUUCUGGAGGAGGACCUGAGGGCCAGCCAGGCCUGCCCCGGGGGUGGCCCCUCAGCAGCAUACUGCCCCCAGUGGCAGGAGGACCCCGCAUACCUGGAUGCCCCCUGUGAGAGUCACAGCCCAGGAGGGGGGCCCCCUUCCCCCCAUAACUCCAGCCUAGUGUAUGCGCUGUCCCCUGGGGGCUGCGUGGGGUACCCCUCCCCGCCGUACAGCCAGCCCGCACCCCCCUGCUCCACCCACCAGGGAGCGUAUCACAGCGACGAGGCCGAGGAGACUUCCUUCAGCCCACCACCCCCCCUGCUGGGCCCGCCCUGCAGCACGGAGCGGCCGUCUCCCGAGCCCCCCCUGUUCCCCGGACCCGCGCCAGCCCCUGAGGGCCGCAGCCAGGAGAGAGGCUGUUCCCGUGGAAAUGUGGCGGCACAGAGGGCGGGCCUGCCAGAGCGUGACUGGAGCGCCACCGCCUUCUUCUGGCACCAGCUGCAGAGGGAAGAGUGCCUCCUGCUGGAGGUGUCUGACGAGGAGCUGCUGGCCCCCGACUCCAGCGGCAGCGCCCUGCUCCACUGUGCAGUGAGUCUGGGAAAGAGGGCCACGGCGUACGCGAUUGCUAAAAGAAUGGCGGCCUUGGACAAACUGGACAUCAAAGAUGCAGAGGGAAAGACGGCCCUUCACCUGGCAGCGCAGAAGAACCAGCACCUGAUGGUGUCGGAUCUGCUGUUCCUCGGGGCUGACGUCAACAAGCGCGACCAGUUUGGGAGGACCUGUCUGCACCUCAGCGCCGAAAACGGAUACGUGAGAGUCCUGGAGGUGCUGAGAAGCUAUAUGAAUGAUGGGAUGUAUAUUGAUGUGGAAGCGACUGACAUGAAUGGGUUCAGUGCGCUGCAGUGGGCCACAGUGGCCCUGAAUGCGACGGUGCAGGAGCUGCAGGGCAGCGCAGGCCCCAGCGAGACACGCUUCCACACGCUGCGCCGGGAGCAGCUGCUGGACACGCUGGAGUGCCUGCUGCUCAUGGGCCAAGCCCCGCCCGCCCAGUUUAAAUCUCCACCAGUGUGGGACACAGUGAGCGAUGUGAUUGGCUCAUACCCGGGUGGUGACGGGACCGGUCGGCCUCUGAACAGGAUGCUCCUGUGAAGGUGAGCAUCACAACCGGCCAUCUGGUCCCCCCUCACCCCCUCACCCCCCCA